UCUCCGGAUUCAGUUGAUCGCCGGAACCCGAAAGCGAUGGAUCGUUGGCAGAACCGCGUGGCCGUGAUAAGUGGGGCAAGUUCCGGAAUUGGGGCUGCAUGUGCCCGACUUUUGGUCUCCGCCGGAUUGCAAGUUGUUGGCCUGGCCCGCCGAACCGAUCGCCUGGAGAAACUCCGGCAAUCCCUUCCAGAGGAUCAGAGAUCCCGAUUCCAUCAGCACACCUGCGAUGUUUCGCAGGAAUCGCAAGUGGACACCGCCUUCAAAUGGAUCGAAAAAGAACUCGGUGGCAUCGAUGUGCUCAUAAAUAAUGCCGGCAUCGUUUUGGGUGGCCAACUUAUUGAUAUGCCGACAAAGGACAUUGGAAACAUUCUGCAAACGAAUCUCAUGGGCAGCAUUUACUGCACCAAAUUGGCAACGGGCAGCAUGAGGAGACGUCAGGUGGCAGGUCAUCUGUUCUUCGUAAAUAGCACGGCCGGAGUAGCUGGUUACAAGCCAGAUCCGGCGGAUGAGAGCUUAAAUGCCUAUACUCCUAGUAAAUUUGGGCUAACUGCCGUUCACGAGAUCUGCCGACAGGAGCUGAUCCAAAAGGGUUCCAAGAUCAAGACCACGAGCAUCAAUCCCGGCUGGGUGGCCACAGAGAUCGUUCCGGAGGAGACGAAGGAGAAGCUGGGGGCGGUCAUCCUGCAGGCGGACGACGUGGCCCAGGCGGUACUGUACGCCCUCUCGACGCCGCCGCAUACGCAGGUGGAGCAGAUAACGCUGCGGGCGGUGGGCGAGUACUUCUGAUAGCCGAUAACCGAUAACCAAUACCCGAUAGCCGCUUGAUAACGCAGCCCCCGCGAUUAGACCAUCGACAUUCACAAUAACCAAAUAACAAUCAAAUGAAAGGAAACGACCUGUCCCAAACACCCAAACACAUACUUACACUUUAACACACAGAUACAUUCACACACAAGAUACAUUCACACACAAGAUACAUUCAUAUACAGAUACUCAGAAGCCCCAUUUGGUUGACCACAAAAUUGUUCACUCUCACCCCAUUUCGCUUGGAACUUUUAUUGUUACUGUUACGGCAACAUUUGCUCAGCACUUUUCCACAAACCAAAUAAAUAAUUCAGUUUUGUAAAUUAUCAA